GGAAAACUUAAUAGUUAUAUAUUAAAACACCUGUUAUACCGUUAAAGUGAUCCGUGAAAAAAUGUUACUGUGCCUUGUACUCGUCUUUGCCGAAACUGCAUCGGGCCUAAGCCGUAUUUCAGAACCUGGUUUUCAAGCUGUUAACUUUGCUAAGGCGAAAGAAGGACGAAAGUUGAAUGGAAGCGUGAUAAAAGAAAUGCAAGUUGAUACAGAGGGUGCGUGUAGGCUUCAAUGUGUCAAUGACAAGCAAUGCCGCUCUUACAACUUUGGACUCAAGAAGAAUAAAGCUCGGAAUUUCCUGUGUCAGUUAAAUGGUUCCGAUAGAUUUGUUGGUUUUGGUAACUUUACAAAAGAUGACAAUUUCAAGUACAGAGGAAUGGAGGUAAUUAACCAUCAAAAGAGAAAUACCUAGUUAAGGUGUUUCGAUAUAGUUUUUCAAAAGCCAUACCGAUAUUUUUCAAUCGCUUUAAAAGCGAUUUUAUCCUUGUCUGAUAACUAUAAAAGUUGCACCAAUGAUUAACUAUAGAUUGAAAUUUGGCAAAAUGUAGGUUUAAGUAAAAUCGAUGUUACUAUGACAACAAUAAACAAAAAACUUUGAAAUUGAUAAAGCCGAGUUUUGAGCGAUCUAGACCAGCUACUGAAAAUCCAAAACUAGGAACUUAAAGUUUCGUAAUUAGCAAAUAACCUCCGUGAGAAGUAAAAAAUUCUGAAUGUUUGAAUUCGAUUAAAACGAAAAUAUAGUUCAGACCUUAACUUGUCAAUAGCCGUGAUAAAUUAUUUAAUAAAACGUUAUAAAUGACACAAAUUAAAUUAAAUUCUUAAGUAGCGUCAGAAUGCUGCUUAAUAUCAUAUUUCGAUGCUCGGAAAUUUUGGUGUAUUUUCGUUCUUGCGAUCACUUAAAAACUAACCCUUUUCUCAACACCUGUCUAAGUGCAACUUUAUUCAAGAUUUGGACUUUUAGCACUUUUUUGUAUAUCUCUAAAACGACUCGAACACAUAAGCGACCACAGCCACAUAAGUAGCAUCUGUAUCUGAACUGCAGGUGUAGCAGUGAGCUGUAAUGCACAAAGCCUUUACUUCGGAAGCAUGAUGCGUAUUACUCGAAUGUAAGGAUGGAAAGUUUUGUUUGAAGAAUCCGGAAUUAGUAGAAUUUCACUUGUGGAAUAUGGAGUUCUGGGUUUUAGAAUCCGGAGUCCAGCUCAAGGAAUCCGGAAUCCCACAAACAAUUGGAAUCCGAAAUCCAAGUUCCAGUUUGUUAGAAAAAUGAGGGGAAUCCAGUACUGGAAUCUGGAAAUCCACAGCGUGGAAUCCAGAAUCCAAGAUCGUCUUAGGUUCCCUUUCAUGGGGUGACUCGAAAAUUUGAACUCCAAAUCCACCUUGAAAUCCACCUCGAAAUCCAUCUCGAAAUCCUAACUUGGUAAAUAGGUAACCUCCUGACAAACAAAUCUCUUUGUAAAAUUUGUGCCAUUAUCAAACUCUGACCUUUUCCUGCAGUAACUUGCAGUUUUCAGCCAAAGAUGUCGACAAUGAUCUGUAUGACCCUGACAAUUGCGCUGUUUCAAAGAGUGCAGCAUGGUGGUACCAUUCCUGCAGUUGGGCCAAUCUAAAUGGUUUGAAUCUUCGUAAAGCGUACAUAUUUCAAGAGUUUGCUGUGACACAAAGUAAAUCUACUGAGUUGUGUAGCCGGAGGCCGUUGUGCCACAAAGUAAAUCUACAGAGUUGUCUAGCUCGCAGGCCGUUGUCCCACAAAGUAUUUCUACCGAAGUGUGAAGCGCGGCGGCGCCGUUUCAUCAUGACUUGUGAUAUUUUCGGCACCGGACAUUUUAAGUUUAUGUUAUUUAUUCGGAAACACUUAUAAACAGCCCACAGUAGCUCAUUUCAAGUCACUGAAAUCAACACACUCGACCAAACAACUGCACUUGUUGAGACGGACCAUUCGAUAUCACUAGCCUUCAAGGCUAUUUCAUAAUGAUACGCAGUUUAAAUAGAGGUUUCGCUGUAAGCAAUCCUUACGUUUAAAAUAUGCCAUGAUCAAAUUAAAAGCCCGGUCUCCAUAUGAUCUCUACCAUCGCUGUGAUCGCUGGAUCGCUAAGAAAAUAAAAACUUCAGCGAUUAUAGCGAUCAUAUGAAACCACUCUCCAGCGAUCGCAGCGACAACAAUCGCUGAGAUAUAAGAAGUUCUAUCCAGCGAUCGUUGUCGCUGCGAUCGCUGGAGAGUGGUUUCCAUAUGAUUGCUGAACUUUUUUUUCUCAGCGAUCGUAGCGAUCAUAUGGAAACCGGGCUUAAUCUAUCGCAAUAACCAUCCAACCUUCCUCCUCAACUUCUACCUCUACGCCUUACAAACAUUUCGAACGCACUCUUCUAAGCUCCGAUUACUCCUAGUCUAAUUAUUCAACAACUAGGAAAACUAACUAGAGCAGAGUCUACAGGGACACUCGUUUUGGUCCAGCAGGUUACGUUUUUUCAGGUUGGCAAGGAAAUUUUUGCAAUCAAAGGCCUUCCAAAUAUGAGGUGGUAGAUUGUUCAAGAGCAGGCAUGCAGUAUAUGUUGGGAGAAGUCACGGAAAUAAGCUCCUGGAAAGUGAAAUACAUUAUUAAAUGCAUGUAAUUUAUCAUUUGAUCUGCUUUCUUAUCGGAAUCAGAAAGAAGAGGCGACAGAAAUACCUCUGCCGUCGCAAUAAGGCAACCGCAUUUUGCAAAUUAUAGUCUGCAGAUUAGGGGCCUUACUUUUUAGCGUUUUUUUAGGCACGCUCGAAGCGGACGUGAUUUCGAGUCAAUAGCGCCUGUUUCGCGUGCUACAGAUUAGGUGUCUCACAGCUUGAGCCUUCAGAUCACCUGCUCGGCGUUUUUAAUUUUCUGCUACAACUAAACAGUGUGCGGUUAUCUGCGCUUGAACACUAAGGUCAGGCAAAGUUAACGCGCUAACAAACAUAUAUAAUAUUACGAUUCCUUUCAAGUGUCUGACUAGUCUAGUCAUCAACAACGUUUUGGCAGCGAAAAGAGCCUUUAACUUCUCGAUCCAUAAUUGUAGGAUUUAGAAAGCCAAGCAAUUUUCAUUGCUUGUUGACUAAAACAAGCUGGGUGGCUUCAGAGUUAAUUUUUGGAAGAUCUUGACCUUUAACUGUUGCUCUGGUAACAGUAACAGCCACCGAUACACACUUAACCUUUUAUGAGCCGGAGCUAAUAACUUGGAGUGUAUAGUAAUUCCGGUCUCUAACUUACAAAUCAAGGGCUAUUUUUAUUAAAAAACGGCAAGCCUGUGUUUCGACCUCUUCCGGCUAGAAAUUUGACUAGGAAACGACUUUGAUCGAGAUGCCUAACUUGUCAAAAGUCAUGAUUAAAAUUACAUGUAUUCGGUGAUACUGCUAACUUCCGCUUAGAAGUUUUUCCUUCUCCUCUCGCUUAUUGGCCCUCUCAGUUAUAAGCCCAUCUACUUGUACACCAAAAAAACACCUUAUAGGCGCCCCCCUUCCAGAUAUCAGCCACUUUCUAGAGUAGCAGUAUUGAAAUGCAAUCGACUUUUUAUGACGUUUUGAAGCUUUAAAAAAGCGAGUACAUUCGAAAGGUAUUUCUGAUCAACACCGCUAUUUAGCUUCUUUUGAAAGGCUUUUGUUAAAUCGGUUAAAAGCCUCCUCGGAUAUAUCUAAGCCUUAUCACCAACUCCCUCCUUUAUAAAACAUCCUAAAACCCCUUACGACGUUGUUUUAGCCCAGGGCACACGGAAGUUAACGGUAAUUUUUGGCUCCAAACACUAUCAACUGCGAAUCGGCGGGCGUCUGUCAGCGUUCAUUGGGUGGACGUUAAUCCAAAUUACACCUGGAUCAUAAAUACUUUAGUCUAAGGUGCUACAACUUAAAGUGAACUAUCCAGAAACCGGCCCUUUGACAUUUUUUUAAUAUCCGAAAUGCUUUGAAGCCGGCCAAUCAAAAAUGCUUCUGCUACUGCCAAUCGCUUUUUCUGUGACCACUGUAUACUGCACAAGCCGUAUUUCAGCGCCCGGUUUUCAAGCUGUUAACUUUGCCCAAGCAAAAGAAAGACGAAAAUUGAACGGAAGCGUGAUAAAGCAAGUUGAUGUGAGGUCAGAAGAUGAGUGUAGUCUUCAAUGCGUCAGGAAUGAACGUUGUCUUUCUUACAACUUUAUGAACACGAAGAACGAAUCAGGGACUUUCGCGUGUGAGCUGAGUAAUUCUGACAGAUUUUCUGGCUUUGGUAAUUUCACAGAACAUGACAAUUUUACCUACAGGGGAAUACAGGGAAAAAUCCCUAUUUUUGAUGAUUUUUUUUUUAAUCAACCAUGUUAGUUUCUCUCAACCCGGAAAAUUUAUAUGACUCCUUUGUCAACAACAAUUACAAUAUAUCACGCCAAAGAAAGAAAGGCCAUUACAUGUAUUAUAUCGAAGAUUGUUAUAUCGGGGUUCUGUCCGAUAUAUUUUACUGUGACUUUUGCAAGGACAUAGAAUAACCAUCGUUAUACCGUGAACAUCGUUAUAACGAGGAUCGUUAUAGCACUCGAAGUUAAAUUUUCUGUCCUUGUUUCAGCGAGUGCAUGCAGUGGAAGCUCUUUGCGGAAAAACAAAACUGCUCGAAUGGAAUACUUUCUUUGUCUUUUUAGUAUCAAUAGUGUGAUUAAGAUGGCAAAGAUUCCGCUUUUUGAUUUAGAGAGUUUUCUUUAAAUUUUUGGAUUUUACGCUAAAGAUAAGAUAGUAUAAUCCGGCUAAUCCAGAGGGAUGGAAGAAAGAUUGUUCGUCCAAACUGAAGAGCCUUGUUUUCACAUUGAGACCUGAAUUUCAGUCAAAACAUUUUUGAAUAGGGCGUUCACCACUCGAAUUGAAGCUUUUUUUCUCUUCACAAUGAAGAAAUAACCAUCCUUUAAAUGCCUUGAUCACCUAAAGAUGUUUUCAAGAUCAAAGCCAAAAUAAAAACAAAUACCGUUUUUUUUAAUCAACAUACAUGUAGCAACCGUUAGUUGUCAUAAUAUUAAGCAUUGCAUCCAAGAGCACGUUUUUUUAGACAAAUUAGCAUGAGAAGGCGAUACAAGCUGGAAUUAAGUGAAAGAAUUAAGUUAUUCGUAGAACUAUUAUACCUGCUUAGGGGUAUACAUCCCUGAAGGCCUUCGUCUCCAGACUGUUAACAAAACAUUAAAUGACAUCAAUUAAAGAGACCUAAAAGCAGAACUCCCAAAGGAAAAUAAGUAAGAUUAUGGAAACACAGUCAUGGUAAUUCUUAAGCCGAAACUGGAGGGCAGAGCCACAUUAACUAUUAAACAAAUCAUUAUCCAUUUAAAUAACCAAGCGCUCUAUGUUAACGCGUCAAACAUUCCCAGAAAAUCGAACUGUGAAUCAAUGCAAACCGAUGAAUUUUAUCACAUUUUGGACACCCACUGACCAAUCUUAAUCUAGCAUAAGUAUCUUUUACGAGUAAUUUCAAUUAUACCUGCGUAUCUAAAGGUGCCUUAGACAGCCCAGCACGAGACUCAAAGUUGAAAACAAUGCGUCGAGAACAUUUGUUCCUACUUUCAAAAUGAUGUUGUUCACUAGAGGAAAAGUUAAGAGCCAGUCUCUGUAAGAUCCUCAUAUCGAGUUUUGCCCACAAAAUGGAUUUCGCUCAUAAUUUUUCUGUAGACUUCUUUUAAUAAGUGUAUAACAAAUAUGAAACCAGAUUGGAGAAAUUCGCUUCUAUAAAUUUUUUUUAACGAAUUUUCUUUCGGCGCCACAUGAGGACCUGAGAUGCUUGUGAAAUAUGCAAAUUUUGUCAAAAUUCAACCGAUUGCUCCGGAUAAAAGAGUGCGACCCAAAGCUUCCAAUUUGCUAGUUAUUUUAAUUGAGCCUUUAUCUUAAAAAUAAUACAGGUCAGAAUCAGCAACAUCUUUUCGUUUAGAAAAUCUGAGGAAACACACUUAGCCCCUUUGACACACUUAGCGAAACAUACGAUUUUAGCCAAAUUCAGUAGAUUAAAUCUCAAAAGUGGCUCACACUUACAGACUCUUCUGCAUAUCAUUGUGUAGAUCAAUCCUUCAGCUACUGAAUCGUGUUAAACGUUUUGGCGGCCAUUCAGGUUCGGUCGAGGGGUGAGUGGCGAAUUAAACUUGCCUUACUUUGCCAUUUCGCCGGUGUUUCGCCAUCGUUAAGUCCAGAAGGAUUGUCAGAAUAGAAAGCGAGAAAUCGGGUAAAUGCCACUCGAAACUUGUCCAUUCCUAAAGACUGCAUACUUUUAAUCACUGUUUUCCAUGUGGCUAUGGUUUUAACCAAACGAAGAAGGGAGAGAAGGCGGUGAACGUGAGCUUAUUUACUGUCCGCCAUGUUUUUGGAGAGUUUGUGGAAGGGAUGGAAUCUGGAAUCCAGAAUCCGGAAUCCGGAAUGCGGAAUGCGGAAUUCGCAACCCUUUUCCUUUUGUUAUUUGUGGAAAAUCAUUUCGCAUUUACAAUAUUUUUUUGUAUCUCUUUUUCUUAAUUAUUGAAUAUUAAGCAGGAAGUCUCAGAAGUCUUCUUAGCCUGCUCUAGGCACUAGGGGGUACGAGAUUGGUACGAGAUUGGUAUUUGAAGGGAAAUGGAGAAUCAUUAGGCGCGUGAGCACAACAUGUUCGCGUGCCUCUUUAUUCAUGAAACCCUAAAUUGAUGUUGUUGCUGUGUUUGUUUAUGUUGAGAACAGAGCGUCUGCGAAGCCAGCAGCGUAGAUCCUUGCGGUGACAAAGGAAUCUGCAUCCCCGACUAUUCCAAGGACAGCUUUACAUGCAAAUGUGACAAAGGUUACGGAGGAAGACCAUGCGGUAAGCUGCAAACGUUUCAUAAACACCCAAGUUGCACUUCUAAGGAUCUUCUCCUAUCCCCCCUAGGAUGGGAAGAGGCUUUAAACUAAAUGACUCUAUGGAUAGUCAGUCAAAAGUUACACUUAAGAUCAUUUAUCAGUUAAUUACCCAUUUCAGAGUUAAUAAAAGACUGCUCUAAACUUGGUCAAAGUGGUGUCACAUCAAGUGGAGUCAACUACAUCAUCCCAGAUGGUGGCAGUCCAAUACAAGUGCUGUGUGACAUGACUACGGACGGUGGAGGUUGGACCGUCUUUCAGAGACGUUUAGAUGGCUCGGUAGAUUUUUAUCGGGCUUGGGAAUCAUACAAAAAUGGAUUUGGAGAUCUAAACAGUGAGUUCUGGCUUGGAAACGACAAUCUACAUCGUUUGACAGCCUCUGGUGACGUCAUGCUAAGAGUUGACCUGGAGGACUUUGAUGGCAGCAUAACAUACGCUGAGUAUACAAAAUUUCAGGUAGCUGACGAAGCAGAUAAAUACAGGAUUACGAUUGGAGGGUACAAUGGUACUGCUGGUGACUCGAUGGUAAAUUACGGAGGGCAGACCCUAAGGUAAGCAAGUAUUUCGCUGGUAAUUAAUUUGUAGCGACAGAAAAAAAGGCCAAUACCGUGCUUAUAACAGGCUCCCCCACUUACAAGCCACCUCCAGUUAUAAACCCAUCUAUAGACCCGUAAACCAAAGAAUACAUCCGAUUACAAGCCUCCGGAUAUAAGCCCCUCACGAAUCUUUAGAAUUCGAUUUAUUAUGACAUUUUAAAGGUUAAUUAAAAAAAAGAGUAAAUGCAAAACGUAUUAGGACUGCUAUAUCUUGUUUCAAGGCGCUGUUUCUAUUUCGGGUAUAAAACAGCUCGGAUAUAAGCCCCUCCGUUUAUACGCCCUUCUUAAACCCCUGACGAAGAUGUAUAAGCCCAGGGAUAAGCGGCAGUUUACGGUAUCAAAUCAACAAUCUUUCAGUAAUAUAAUUUCCUUUUUAAGCCCAUCUUACACUGCUGCAAGAGCCCAUAACCCGGAGUGAGCAACUCCCAUACGAGGCCUAUGUCACGGCGUUUUUACGGACCAGUUUAUUUUUAGACACAUUUUAGGGCACUUUUUCCCGCGAAAAUAGAAUCUCGACCACGUCUAUGAGAGCAUUCGUUAGGUCUGUAGGUUUUGCUGACCGGUUUGUGGAAUUUAAAAGAUAGUCAAAAUUGGGCGCUAAAACCGUUCUAAAAAUUAACUGGUCCGUGAAAACGCCGUGACACAAUCGCAUGGAAGUUGCUCACUCCUGACCGCUGUUACGAUUCUUUUUACCCUUACGAUAAGUGAUCGCCAGCGCCGACCACCUUAGAUACCUUCUCCCUCUUAUUCAAAUCAUCUAUUAGUUGGUUAAGUCUCGUAUACUCUUAAGCGACCACGGCCACAUAAGUAGCAUCUGUAUCUGAACUGAAGGGUGCAGCAGUGAGCUGUAAUGCACAAAGCCUUCACUUCGGAAGCAUGAUGCGUAUUGCGCGAAUGUUAGGAUGGAAAGUUUUGCUUGAAGAAUCCGGAAUCGGGAACAAAUUCGCUUGUGGAAUACGGAAUCCUGGUCUUUGGAAUCCGGAAUCUAGCUCAAUGAAUUCGGAAUCCCACCAACAAUUGGAAUCCGAAAUCCAAGUUCCAAUUUUUUUAAAAAAUGAAGAAUCCAGUACUGGAAUCUGGAAAUCCACAGCGUGGAAUCCAAAAUCCAAGACCGUCCCUUACAUGGGGUGACUCGAAAAUUCCAACUCCAAAUUCACCUUGAAAUCCACCUCGAAAUCCAUCUCGAAAUCCUAACUCGGUAAAUAAAUAACCUCCUGACAGACAAAUCUCUUUGUAAAAUUUGUGCCAUUAUCAAACUCUGACCUUUUCCUGCAGUAACUUACAGUUUUCAACCAAAGAUGUCGACAAUGAUCGGACCUCUGCCAAUUGCGCUGUUUCAAAGAAAGGAGCAUGGUGGUAUCAUUCCUGCACUUUGGCCAAUCUAAAUGGUUUCUAUCGUCGGGGAUCUUAUAACACCAGGGACCCUAACGACGGAGUAAGAUGGGUCACGUUUAGAGGACAUUAUUAUUCGUUGAAACGCAGUGAGAUGAAAUUAAAACCUAAACCAUAA